GUGAUACAUAAUGGCUCAGACUGGCUGGAAGCCCUAUGAAAGCCUCACCCAGGCUCCCACCAACCUGAAGGAGGCCAUUGACUGGGUCCUCAGGGUAACUGGUAAGGAUGGUAAGAAGAAUGAGAAGAAAGACAACGCACUCCACUGUCUGUGCUACCUCGCUAAAGCAGUGAAGGACCUACUGUAUGACGCCAAGGACCCGGGGUUCCCUGGUCCACACCCUGACAGGUACUGGAGUGACCUGCUCCUAGAGCAAGAGAAGGACAUUGCCCAACCAGUGCUCCAGGACCUGGGACUCCUUAGUGGUGGCAGCACUGGCACUAGGGCUGCCAGUAGUACCUGCGCCGGUGGCACCGAGGUCAUAAAGACACUGAUAGACCACUUGGCACUGGGACUACAGAAGUGGGUUGGGUGGAAGGAUGAGCGAGAUGAUUGUUGUCUUAAGGGAGCAGGUGGAGAGAGUAAGGGUAUAGGGAAGAAGUGUAAAUGUGCUGGUGGUACUGGUGGUGGUGUUACCAAUUGUUGUUCCGGUGGAACUGCUAGUCACGAGUGUGAAACGUGUGGUACCAGUGACAGCGCUUCCAACAAAUGUUACCAGUCAGCCUACAAGAAGGAUAAAGCCUUAUGGAUUGACAUAGUCAGUGGUACCACUGGUGCCGGAGGAAGUGGAAGUGCUGGUAGUGCAGUGGGUGGUAAAGGUGGUAGUGGUGUAGCAGGUCCUCCUGCAGACCUAGUGAAAACCGCCCAGGAGGUCCACCUCCUGGCCCGUAUUUUCCUAGGGUCAGUAUGUCUCAUCUGGAGUGGACUCAGUCAGUUGGGGUUCCUAACUAAGGAGGGGAGUGGUGGCAACAAGGAGAGGUGGAGCAAUAGUAAUCUACACGAUGAGACUGUGAAUCUCGGCUCAUUCAUGGCGGCCAUGGGCUAUGACCUGGAUAGGUUGAAUCAGGACAGUAGUGGAGGUAAAGGAAAUGGAGAGUUUGUGCAAAAGUUACUAUCCGGAACGGAUAUAAAGUGGCAGGAAUUCAAAAAUGGCGCAGACAAAAAUAGUGUAGCUGAGUACUAUAGCACUAUCUAUGACAAGGCGAAGGAAGCACUGAAGAAGGACAAUAAAACUGAAUCCAUAUGCAAUGACUACCCCCUAUUGGUACUCCACAUCCUGGCCAGUGGGUACUUCAGGGCAGGUAGUGCCGGGGCUAAUAAGAUCAUGCUGGCGCCUUCGGCGCCUACUAAGAAAGAAGAAACUCCCUCUUCUAGGAAACCCCGUCACCCACGAACAAUCCGUGAAAUCCUAUACUGGCUAAGUGCUCUGCCCUAUAGUCAGGGAUACUGUGGAUUGGUGACAAGGAUGCAACACAAGUAUCCCCCAAAAGAUGGAGUACCAAAUGAAACAGUAGAUCAGAUAGAACUCUACGAUACCAGUGCAUCUAAGGCUAGUACCACUCUCCAGCGUAAGGAUAUUACCCACUACCUAAUGGCCGCCUGUGGCUACUGCCCACUGGUCCUCAUCGGGAUCCAGGGGACCAUAGAGAAGGAGGUGGACAAGGCACAGCCGGCAGCACAAGGUAGUAGUGGUGGUAGUGCUGGUACUGCUCAGAGUACUAACAAGUGCCCUGAACACAAGAAAAACCCUAGCGCUAAGAGGUGUAAACUAGGAAAGGAUGCUGCCCAGGCAUCGGCAGCUCCCCCGGCAGCUUCCGCCAACGGAGAACUCAAGGAAGGUGAGGUCUGCUACGGCGGGUACCACCUGGCAGUAAAGGAUUUCGGCCCCCUCCAUGGGAUGUACGCCAAUGGGCUCUUUGGCUUCCAGAUGGACGGCUCUCCCGCCCAGUGCCUGGACCAACUGAGGGUAUAUGUCUACCACUGCUUCUACCAGCUCUAUUUCCUGAGGAAGCAAUGCAAGGUGGGAGUGGAGAGUGGAGCUGUGCUGGGCUGGAAUAGUUGUAGGUAUGGUAGUGGAGUGAGUGGUAGCAGUACAAACGAUUGGCGCUGUACUGCAGAGACCCAAGGUGCUGCUGGAAAGUGUAAGUGCAUGGAUAGCACCAGCACUGACUCGCCAUUGAUGUCAUUCCUAUGUGAUGGACCAGGGAAACUGGUGUGUUUUGAUACAGUGGGCAAAGGUGUGGAUGAUUAUCCACCUAUUGAAACGCAUUGGACCACUAAGGAUGAUAAUCUGCCGGGUCACUUUGGAACGAAAGAGUUGGAUUACCCCAAGUUAUGUCCCGUUCCAAUGGGAUGGCAAGCAGAAACAGGUACUGGAGGUACUCAAAAAAAGGAAAACCACUUCAAAGAUUUAACCACUGGAACCCAUAAGACAGAGCAACUUACAGGAGCUCAAGCAGGCAAAGCCACUUACCCUAUCCACUGCACUGGCAGGACACUGUCACUGCUUCUGGAGUACUACUGUGACCCAGAGAAGUGCCAGAGUGGCACCCUAGUGGUACUACUGAGGCUACUGGCCUGUAUUACUCCCACGGUGCCACGGACUCUGGGUGACCUCUUUGGGUUCUAUUACUAUGUAGUCUAUAUUGGGGGAAACAGUGCCAGUGGUGGAGAGGGAGUCAACAAGGCCCUAGGGAUAUACGAGAAGGAAUCUAAACUGCAUAUGGCGUCUAUUGGUGGUGGUCCUGAUGCAGUGGUCCAGGCACUGACCAAGUGGAACGGUGACAGUAGUAGUGGUGGUGGAUGCAAUCACAGCACUACGGAUGGCUCCCUAAAGACCCUAUUUGGCUGUAGUAGUGCUAGUGGUGGCACUAAUAAGUGUUGUCCAUACCUCUCUCCUUUGAGUGGCCAGCAGUAUGGCCAGUUGAGUCCAGCCAUGGCCGGGACCUACCUGUCAUGGUUGGUCUAUUUGAUAGAGGGGUUCAGGACAGCAGUCUCCUAGCCAUGGUA